AGGAGGCGGGACAUGGAUUAUUUGAAUUUUUUUUCUCAGGACGCGGGAGAAUCACGCUAAGGAGAUCGUUGCAGUUAAGUUUGGAAAACUUGACCAACCCAAAUGAACAUCUUAGAAACACUGAAGUCCCAAGGACUUCAUCGUGAAGAUGUCCUUGGGACAGUUGGGCCUUUUAAAAUCUUUCUGGGCAGUUUGGAGGCCCUUGUAGGCCCAUCUGAACUUCCAGAUGAGGUAAUGGAUGCCCUAUUUUACAUAAUCAGCAGGAGCCAGCCUGGGACAGAGCCCAUAAAUAGCCAGGCUAUGCGCCUGAUUUUGGAAGGCAGCUCCAGGGCCAGGAGCACUUAUUUUCUAAAAAAAAACAUUCUUAAAGGAGCCAGUGCCAUCUUCGGGCCCUACUUGGUGGGAGAGUGCCACUGGACCCUCUUUCAUUGCAACUUGAAAGAGGGAACUAUUACAUACAUUGACUCAUUGGGGGAGCAUCCACAGCGUUGCUCCCAAAUCAUCGAAAAUUGGAGCUUAUUUGCUGCUAGCAGAGACUGCCAAAGGCCCUGGAAGUUCAUAAACAGGGACCAUGACUUGCAAAAUGACUCUGUGUCAUGUGGAGUGUUCUCAAUAAUGUUUGCAGAAAUGAUCCUCCAGGGACAACAAGGUCACCUCCAAUGCCUCCCCAUCUCCCAAGAGAGGAAGAGACUUGGGAUUUUGUUGUUUAAAUCCCUUGAUAGUUCAGGCAUUUGUACAGUCUGCUACAAGAAGAUGUCAGGGAAGAAAAAGGCAAGUGCUAAUGAUAUUUUAUCUAAAGCAACAUUCUGCUGUCAGAUUAAAGACAAGUACACAUCAGACGAUUCUUUUGUCACAGAUUGGUCCAGGGAGUCAUUAACAUAAUCCGUGGGUGAGGAGUGAAUCGGCAGUUAAAUUUGUGAUGACCAGGGGUCACAUGUGAAGUGUCAUGAUGUGUUGAUAAGCCAAACUCCACCUCAUCAGGGACUGGGACUUAAUUUGAAUGACUCCCAUGACUGGUCUGUGACAAAAGAAUCAUUUGAUAUGUACUUGGCAUAACUAUUUAUCAUGCAAAAUCUUUUGCAGGAGACAUGCUCAUUCUGCUCUACAGAAAAGAGUCCAAAACCAGGUAGGACAACACACACACAAACAGACAGGUUUGUUUACGAAGGCUACUCUUAGUUGGCCCCAGCGUUGUUACUGAUGUUAGUUGGAUUGCAGUGGCUAGACAUACUGUAUUUCAUAUUCUAUUUAUGCACGUUACAUUAAACAAGCAAUGUAACGUUUCAUACAGUGCCCAACAAAUUUGUAGGCACCCCUGUUGAAGGUGACUGAAAAACUUAUUGAAAAUCGCAAUUCCCAAUGUAGAUUCUUUUCAUGUUU